CCCAACACAAACACCUUGUUGGAAUUGUUCGUCACGCCCGCCGCCGGCGAUAGGGGGAGUUUCUGGAUUGUUCAGCUUUGUGGCGAUGGCGAUGCCGCGGUCGCCGGGCGCCGGCUCGCUCCGGUUUCUUGGCCUCCUGAAGCAGCCGGAGGCGGGGCCCGACGGCGCGGCGUCGUUCGAGCUGGACGAGAGCGACGUCCUGUGGCCUGUCGGUGGUGGCGGGGACGACGACAGCGGGUACUGCCCCGCGCCGCCGCUCCCGGAGGGCCCGCCGCGGGUGCGUCGCCGCGCGCACGCGGUGCCGCAGAGCUUCGGGCUGUCGUCGCUGCUGGCCAACGGGGGACGUGGCGACGAGCGUCAGCAGGCUGGAGGAGUGGCCGUGCCUGUGAGGGCGGCGGCGCCGGGGGGCGCCGCGGCGCCGAGGCAGUCGGCGCCGGUGAGGGUGCCGAUGUGGCCGGGGAAGGUCGCCCCCGCCGCCAACAAGCGCGCCGAAGAGCCCGAGGACGACUACGACGAGGAGGAGGAGAUGGUGCCGCCGCACGUGGUGGCGGCGCGGCGCCAAGCGCGGUCGUCGUCGGUGCUGGAGGGCGCCGGGCGGACGCUCAAGGGGCGCGACCUCCGCCGCGUGCGCAACGCCGUGCUCCGGCAAACCGGAUUCCUCGACCUCUGAGCUCAAGAUCGAAGCUUUGGUAGCCUAGGCAGCCCCAUGCAUGGCGUGAUCCCAUCCAAUCGCCAUCACCAGAUCUUGAUUAGCCACCCAUUCUCUGCAGCAACCAACCUUCCUCUACUUCUCCGGUGUGACCCCGAAAAAAAAACAAAAUCUUGUCAUUUCAUUCAUCGAUGUCUCAACACCUGAAUUGAAUUCAAUAGUACAUUCAAUUUGAUUGGUCUGGGAA